UCUAGUUUCGCGACAUAUUAGUGAUAUUUUUUCUAUGACAAAAUUAACAAUUUUAUCUUCGGAGCAGAGAAUUGAGUAAAAAUUGUGGAUUGUGCACGAAGGCAGGCACAAGAAAACGGUGAGCGUGUAACUGCGAUUUGCAAUUUUGAAUCUGGAAUGGGUUGGGUGUGGAAGAAGGACGAAGCCGAGGAGGAUAAUUCAAACCCUAGAUCUGACGAUCGAUGCUCCACCACAAAGAUCGUCAAAUCGCACUGCACAACCGACGAAGUUGAGCCCGGCAAAUUCAUCAGAAAGUGUGAGAAAACCGAGCAGAUUCUCAGGGACUGUGUUGGAAGGCCCUCUGAAGUGGUGCAAUCCAACAAAGAAUACACAGAAGAAGAUGUAUCAGACCAGGUGAAGAAAGGGUCUUUCCCCAUGGAGUCAUCUGAGCUUGUACCAUUCGGCUUCCCUGGUCUGCGCGGAGAUAUUGAAGCCAUUGAAAGGAACUUCUUUGGUGGCCUCAGCCGUUUCUUUGAAGCAGCGGAAGAAAUGAAGAAUGGGUUCUUCAGUGUAUUUGGCUCUCCACACCUGUAUGAUGGAGAUUCUUCAUCCAGGAAUCGAGGAAUACCCAUUGAAGGCCAUCUGCCAAAAGAAGCCUCUCCAGAACUUAAUAAUCCUGAAUCUGGAGAUGUUGAUCUUUCUGGUUUGGCCAGAGAUGUUUGAAGCAGUCCUUUCCCCUUAGAUGAAAAUGAUUUUUGAGACCACCACUCUCUUGUACUCCUACUUUACGUGAAUAAUAAUAUAAUAAAUACCCAGUACAGAUCUAAGUAGGUAGGUUUGUCUUGCGUUGUUAAGUCUCAUAAAUUUUGACUCACUAUAUUUGCCCCCCAGAAUACUAAAACGUGUUUGUGGUGCAGUUUUAGGGUGGACUGUUUUUAUGUUAUUGAAAUGUUAACCACCAUCAUUGUUAGCUAGUUUGUGUUGUGGGAUAUCUCAAAGUAAUUGUGGUGUUUAAGUUGAAAA